ACUCUGUUUGGAGAGGCGGGAGUUGUUGGCCGCUCAAAAAAAGGGUUAAAUUGAAAAGUGAGGGAAAAGAAGAAAGUGAAGAAGAAGAAGAUAGAGAGAGAGAGAGAAUGCAGAUUCGGGUGAAGUGCAGUUGCGGGGAGAGCAACUGCCCAGAAUGGGCGGUGGUGGAAUUGCAAGGGAUGGUGGAGGUUCAGUCCCAAUUUCAAGAUCGCCUCCACAACCUCCACAUCGGCCUCCUCUGCCGCCCUUCCGCCUCCUCCCAGGACCAAACCUACACAUUUACUAUUGGGUAUCACGAAUUGACAGGGACCAAACAGCCCUUGAAGAAGCCACUCUUGGUCUUAAGGAAACUCAAGCCCUCCCGAGACGCAGGGGUAGAAUUGGAAGUCAUCGGAAUUAUUCGCCACCGGAUUCUGUUCAAGACCAGACCUAUGGCCCUCAUUUCCAGUAGAAAAUGGGCGGACUUGGUGAGUCGAUCAACGAUCACCCAAAUUCCGUCAUGCCCCUUUGAAGUACGUGGGAGUUUGAAAACGAGUGAUAAACUCUCACUUCCAUUCAGGGAUUGGAAGUGGUUGCAUGAGUCUGGACGGUUUCUGCCGUUCCGCUUUCACUUGUUGACAAAUCAGACAUUUGCUCACAUACUUAGCAAUAUCUCCCUUCAUAUGCGGCCACGAGUAGUACUCCCGUAA